AUGAGGCGGGAUUUGAAAUCAUUGAACAAGGAUCACAUAGAGAGUGCGAUGCAGGAAAUCGAGUACAAAAUACGUGAUAAUAAUAAUAAUAUAUAUGAUAAUAAAGUACUCCAGUCCGUCUGUACGUUGGCGCUGACGUUCUACGAUCAACUGUGGGAAACCGCUGAAGGAACUUCAGAACGAAACGAUCUGCUACACAGCAUGUCCAAAACUCUAGGUCUCGUUGUGAGCCUAGGUCUAGGUCUCGAGCACUUAUCGACGGAUGUCAUCGUCAACAGACUGGAGGUGUUCAGCGGUGAUGAGUUGGAGGAUGAAGUUGCUGAAAAUUUACUUGAUAUUCUACAACCAAUCAUAAAGAACGUAAACACAAUAUCGUUAGACAUUUUGAAAACUAGACUCGAUCUCUUCAAGAAACACGAAGAUCACGAGACUGUGAGAUAUUUGAAACGAGAUGAGAGUACCUUGAAGUACAAGAUGUGUCUCAAUUUAGUCGGUGACGCUGGGCACUUGUUGUUGCAGUACUGUUCGAAGGCGUUGAAAGUUUUACAUGAUAAAACGCAAUGGACGAACAUAUUCGCAGAAUUAAAGGAGAACAUCUUCGAGAAUCCAUACGCUGGAACUGAUUACAUAGUUCUGGAAAAAUACAAAGACGACCUUUACGACAUCGCCGUUUUCGAUUCAACAGACAAAGAAACAAAGAAGCGCAUCCUAUCAAGCAUACUAUCUCAGCCGAUGGAAACGAGGUCUUCCGUCUCUCUCUCCCACGUGUGUCCCGCUCUAUGCGGGAAAGAGAUAGCCGACGAGUCAUUGAACAAGCUCCUGGGCCUGAAGUCCGGUGUCAGUGUGUUCAAAUUCGAGGAAAAGGUGCCGUUGUUUGUGGACUCUAUCCGUCGUCCGGCAGUGCUGUGUGUCCGUCUUUCCGAUGGUAGCUCCCGCCGGUACAUCGUAAAACGCGGCGAGCGGACUCGAACCCACUGCGCCGCGGUGCGCUUACUUGCCAUAGUGCAGCCAGGAAGCACUGUGUAUAAUGUAACUCAACUAAGCGAGGACAGCGCCCUUAUCCAGUACCUAGAACACCAUGAGAGAUUCAGAACCUUGAUCUUCGAGAAAAAUCCUAUUGAUGCCGCCGUGGAUACAAUGACUCGAGCCCGCAGUAAGGACAGCAAUCUGAUCCUGUCCCCCGCCGUGUCGCUGCGACACUUCCAAGCACUGUGCCAGAGGGUUCCCGCUUAUAUGCUCAGAUCAGCGAUCGAAGAUCACAGCGCUUGUGUUCAAGAUUUUAUUAAUAAGAAAAAGAAUUUUCUCGAAGCUAUUUCCAGUAUGACGAUGUUUAGCUAUUUGUGUGGCGUAGGCGAUCGACACUUGGAGAAUAUAAUGUACAACUUGCAAGAUGGCCGCGCACUUCCGGUGGACCUGGACGCCAUUUUGAAAUACGGCGCUAACGAACUUCCGCCCGCUCGUCUCACAAGGAAUAUACUAGCCGUCUGCGAUACUCAGAUAUUAGAAAGUCGCCUGCAAAGUACGACGCUGUCGUUACGAGAAUCAUCCAAACACAUUCUACCCUCGAUUACUGUUGUCUUUAAAUGGAUGAGAGAGAAUUACAUGGAAAAGCUACCAUACAUAACAAGUUUGAUCGAAGGAACGUCUUUAUCCCAUCUCGUAACUAUUGACGUUAUAUCAAAAUCGGAUCAGCAGUACAAGGAGAAAUAUGUUCAAUUAUUGAAAGAUGUGUUUGCCGAUUUUGAUGAAAAGGAUAUUUAUACAGUUGAGGAGCAGGUAUCAAGUCUUCUGCGUCAAUGUACGGAACCUAGGAUUCUUAGCGUCACGAGAUCUGGCUGGGAGCCUUGGAUUUAAUGUUUGCUUAAUUGUCCCUAGUUUUUUAUUUUAUAAAAUCCGAAUAAAGAGGAAAAAACUUUUGUGGUGUAUUUUGUGUUGUUAAAUAAAGUUUGCUUUC